AUGAAUGGAUUUUCGCUUAGAAUAAGUUCCUACUGUGCACUUUUCGUUAUUCUCCUUCUGCCGCUCUCAGAGUUAGUUUUCUUUUAGAAGCUCUCAAACUUGGGGCCAAAGGGCCGAAGAUGAAGCUUUCAGACCUUUAUUUCAGAUGUCACUGCCCUCACAUGAUGGGCAUAAAACCGCCGGGUCCACCAGCGGGUCCGAGUCCUCCGGGCAAGCUUCCCGAUGGAGACGAGGGCUGGGAUUACGAUGAAACUGCGGCGCCCGGGAUCGUGCCGGAAGCUCAUUUUAUCCAAUCUACUUAUGUUUAUCGAUCUGCCAACGGUAUCUUCAUUUCAACGUCCCCAAUUUACUCGAAUCCAAUUUACAGUUCAAGAGAAAACGUUCUCAACUCGAGUGGUGAAUGUGCUCAAAGACAUUCGUACUCGUUUGGCUAAAUCGGCAAGGCUCACACUUGAGAAUGAGAGUGUAAGUUGCUAUUCAAAUAAGAAGCAUUUGAAAACAACGUUCGUAUAGAUCGAAUGCUCGUCGCCAACGGAUCACUAUCGGUGUCAGGAGUAUCCGUCAACCGGCACUUGGAACUAUUUCAUUGUCGAAGAUCAGUCAGUGCCUUUGUUUUCAGAAAAAUAUCUUUAAAAUUGUACGAUUACAGAACAAACGGCGCAGUCACCUACACAUUCGAUCGAAAAUACAAUGAGAAGAACGACGGAACCAUCGAGAUGGCUUUGCUAGAGUAGGAUUAUUGUAGCUUCACACACAAGAAAAAGAAAACAUUUCCGAAUUUCAGCGCACUUUCUCGCCACGCUCCUUCAAGUCUGAUCGCUUUUGCGUCGCCUGAAGCCGAGAAGGAAGUCGGAUAUAUCAGAGCGCUCACCACUCAGGAGUUGGAUGUCAGUUUCUUUCUUUGAAUUCGUCAAAAAAUGAGGGUGCGCCACGGUCUCCAGAGCUUACAAUGGGCGCAAGUGCGCCCCGCCCAAUAGAGCGAUACAUUGGCGCGAAAUUUAAAUUUUAACUGCAAAAUUUGUGUUUUUUGUCAUAUUAGUCACGGAAAACCGAUAAUUUCUCAUUUGUCUCUCGAUAGACCGAUUGUAUAGGCUAUUACGAAUUUUUUAAGCGCAAGAGCGUUAAAUUUGGUCAAGUCGCAAAUCACAUUUAUCCGUUUGAAUGUUUUUGGCUGAAACUGCGUGAAUUUCAGUUGCUUUUCGGUAGUUUUUGCGGUUCGAGCGCUCAAAAUGCUUGUAUUUACGUGAUUUAUCAUUCUCAAAACUAUUUCUGUCUCAAAACGGUCAAGAAAGCGCAAAAUGAGAAGUGCGGUUUUUAGGCGGCGAUCGGCGGCGAAGGCGAAAAAGCAAAAUCCGCGAAAAAUGCGCCAAAACGUCAUUAAUUCUCGAGAAUUAGUGUGUUUUCAUGUCGAACAAUCAUUUUCAUCGCCUUUGACCACAAAAAUCAGAGAAAACGUGCUCAAUUCAUGAAAACGCCAUUUGGCCGCCGAGGCCAUGCCCAUAUCGUCAGCUCUGGAGACCGUGAUAUUGAGAUAUUCUGACGAUCCCAAUCGAGUUUGAACCAAUUGAACAUCACUUUACAAAAGAGGGCUGAAGUUAGCAACAACAACAGCUGUUUGUUGCGUUUUCUGGGAAAAAAAAAACCACUGACUGCCUUUUUUCUCGAAAAGGUAUUGCUUUAUCGAAAAUUCUCAGUAUUCCGCACGUACGCACCAAAACUAUCAAAAUCAUUGCAGUUUCUGAGCGACAAGCCGUCGCACCGUUCGAUUUCUCUCGAGAAAUUCGGUCCGAACGAGCUGAACCUGGUGGAGCCGGCUCUUUUGGAAGUGCGCACCGGCGCCGCGCUCAAAUUGGAAUCCGACGCGCUUCGGAAGAUCGGCAGCUCGGAGGAAUUCGAUAAGCUGCUCGCCGAGCACACAAAUGUGUUUGUUCUUUUUUGGAACAGCAGUAAGUGGUGUUCGACGGAAAAGUGGUGCGGAAAAAUGCGGCAUACUUACACUUUAUUACUAGAAUUAGACACGAAAUUUAGCUAGAGGGGGAGGGGUUAAAACUAUACGGCUAUUUGGUUAAAACUGGUUAAAACGGGCUGGGAACAAGAAGAAAAGGAACAAGUUAUACAGGAACAAAUCUAG